AUGUACAUACAUAUAACCUCUCAGUCUCAGCUCCACCCAAAGAAUCAUCACAAAAUAACCGAUUAUAAUUAACCAAGCCAUAGCUUUCUCUGCAGUCAAAAACUUCACCAGAGAAUUCUUUCCCUCAAUGGGUGUUUCUCAUUUCCUUUCGUCUCUUUGCUGUGAACUGAGAAUCUUGCAAGCCAAAAACAUAGAACCAAAGUCCCCUGGAAACCUUUUUAUCAGAUACUAUCUCUCUGCUGGAAACAACAAGAGAAUUCAACUAAAUAGCCAGGAGAUCUACUCAAAGUCAGAGCUGCUUAUUUGGAAUGUGUCCUUCUCUUUGGAAUGCUCAGGAGCUGAAGAAUCUCUCAAUGACCUGAAGCAACAAACUGUAGUUUUUGAGCUCCGCUGGAGGAGCAGAACCCCAGUUCUUGGAAGGAUAGGGAAGUCACAGCUUUUGGGCAGAGCUGAAAUCCCAUGGAAAGCCGUUUUUGAAUCACUAAACGUGGAGAUUGGCAAAUAUUGGCUUACCAUGGUUUCAAUGAAUAAUCGUGUUCGUGAAAGUCUUGAGCCUCCUUCACUACAAAUAUCAAUGACAUUAGUUCGAGGUCCAGCAAUUGUGCAAAUAGAGAAGAGAAAGAAAAGGUUUAACAACAAUUGGGAUGGCUGUGGAUGCAAUGAUAUUGGUGGAGGGUGCAGUUGUGCAGAUUAUGAAAUGUUUGCAGCAGCUGCUAUGGAGGCACUGUAGUCACAAAGGAGAGGCUAAA